AUGACUCGUACCGAGCCUUCUAGGAGUUUGUCGUGGGAGACGAAAAGUGUCGUUGCUGUCGAUGAUGCGGUCGGCAAUGACCCUAGACCAAGAGGUCGAAUUCGCCGAUCUAUGACUGCUUGCAAUACAUGUCGCAAGUUGAAGACUCGAUGUGAUCUGGAUCCUAGAGGCCAUGCUUGUCGUCGGUGUCUUUCUCUAAGACUUGAAUGUGAACUUCCCGAGACUCCAGAUCGAUAUCACGACAACGCCUUCUGGUCCGACGCCAAUGCAGCCAUCCCCUCUCUCGAAGAACGCCUUGUAUCCCUGGAGCAUGGCAUGGGUGAAAUGAUAGAUCUCAUGCGACACAUGGUUAAAAGUUCCUCCAGCAGCAGCCCAAAUGCAAAUACCCACGUCACGAGAAACAACAGUAUAGAUGAAGCGAUGAGUGAUAGCAGGACAGGUCCCCUAUUCGCUCUCAAGCCAGUGCAGUUCAUUCGGGAUCUUCAAGCCGAGUGUUUUGGUGAAAGAGAUCACUUCUCCUCUGAGGCGGACCUCAUGGGAGAUGUUGUCUCCCAGGGCAUUGUAGAUGCCAAGCUAUCUUUGAAACUAAUUGAACUAUUUGUUGAUUACUUCAGCCCAUGGGUCUCAAUAGAUCAUGCAUCAAAUAUUCAGCGCAAUGAUACCCUUCUUUUCAAUACUGCAUGUCUCCUGGCUUCUCGGUAUCUCCCUGGCAUGCCACCGAAUACAACCCACGAUAUUUCACUUCAGGUGCAGCAUGCUGUCACCAAGACUCUCUGGAGGAAGACCCCAUUGACAAACGACUUGCUUCAGGCCCUGGCCCUGCUCUGUCUCUAUCCUACAGCAGGCCACAAGGAAGGUUUCAUGGAUGGAUGGCUAUUGAGCGGGAUCUCAAUCAACCAUGCCUUGACCUCCUUUACUUUCCUCAAUGAUUUACCUAAUAAAGUAAUUUUGACGGAUGAGAUGUUAUCUCAAAUGCGUCUAUGGAACACCUUCUGUCUGACCCAUCUACAUUCCGCCCUUGGAUACGGACGUACUGUCAACGUGCAACUACAUUAUCUAGACCAUUGCCCUCGCAUACUAGAUAAUCCCCGUGCAACACAAGAAGAUGGCAGGAUAGUCGCCGAAAUCCAGCUCUACCGGAUCGCUCUAAGAAUCCAGAACACUCCGCAGCGACUACAAUUUGUCGAAGCCGAGUAUGAAGAGAUCGAGAAAUGGAAGCUAGAAUGGGCACACCUUCUCACCAGCGAAGGACAAUCAAUUCUAGAGCUGAGCAUCUGGUUCUGCCAACUCCUCCUCCACCGAACCGCCGUGCGCCUGCAACAAAGCACGGAUCUCUUCGCAGCCGAAAUAUGCAGCAACGCCCGACUGAUAGUAUCCCGAUCAAUGCAAACCCGCUUCUCCGCUGCACCGGGUUUAAUAGACCAUGUGUACUACAUCCUAGGCUACGCAGCACUAACCCUCUGCGACUACAACUCCUCCGAUCCAUUGAUCGACCAAGUUCGCGCAUUCCUGCUUCACCUCGCCCCAAGUAGCGAACACAUCUCCUACCGCAUCGCUUUUGUAGUCGGUGAAGUCCAGCGUCGCUAUUCAGAAGCUACCUCCGAGCACACCUCGCCGAGCACGGAAGCCUUGAAGAGCGCCAUGUUCACAGCGCCGCCGCCUCGCACGGAGAGCAUUGAUAUGACUCAACUCAUCUCUCCCGCUGGGUCGAUUGAGGGACUUGAGGGCUACGAGUGCUUUAAUCAGUUGGUCCCUAGCUAUGUGCCGUCUCAGCAGGCUUUCUCGGCACCGGCUAUGUUUGGGGCAAUUCCACAUGUCACGGGUGGGGCUAUGCCUAUUGCACUAGUUUCGAGGGCCAUGCAUGACUACUGA